AUCUAAAAUCGCCCUGUUGUCAGGAAUGUACUGCUUGUGAAAGAUCCUGGAUCGACAGUUACGGAGACUGAGCUCCUCUGCCUGCAAGAAAGAUGACAAUUUUAGCAACCCAGAUGGGACAGUGGGAUUGAAAUCUCAUGGACCAAAGGACCAGAGUGGCCUCUGUUCAGCACGCAUACUGAGUGAUUCUCCAGGAGCUCCCCCAAAUACCUGCUCCAUCAGAACCAGCCACAAGUUGCCUGGAAUAUGGUAAGGCAUUCAUUUUUAUUGCCCCCAGCAAAGUGUGACAAAGUCUGUAUCACAUAGAGAGAGUGAGGGUAAAGGGAUUCCCAAGUAGGUCCCUCCACAUGCAAGCAGGGAGACAUCCCAAGUGUGUGGCAGGUUCCGUGUUUCCUGGAAGUAGCACAGUGAGGGAGAGCUUGAGACCAGCCCUCCAAGAGAAGCAGGGUUCACGUCCCUUUUCAGGGAGGCACUGGAGAGAUUCAAGACCCUCUGAGUUCUGUGUUUCCUGGAAGUAUGAUGGUGAGGGGGUUCUUGAGACCAUUCCCCUGAGAGAAACGGGGUUCAAGUCCCUCUUAAAAGGGGUGCUUGAAAGAUUUAAGACCCUCCAGGUUCUACGUUUUCCAGGUCUACAUUUACCAAGUAUGCUUGGUUUAUUGAUAAUUUUGUCGCAUUAUGGUUGCUGGCAUUGUGAUUUUGUAUGUGAAUAUGGGUAUGUAUUACUGCAGCAGCAUCAAGCUUUUUAUUUCUUUUCUCUUUCUGUGAUGUGUGUAUGUGGUGUAUCUGCAGUCUGUGUUAUACUUUGGUUUUUACUUUUGUAGCUGCAGCAGUGUGUGUGUGUUAUGGUGUGUGAAGGAAAUUCACACAUUCCAGACAUUCCAGACGUGGUGGAGUCAGUUGUGGAAAUUGCAGAGGAAACUUGUUGAAAAUUGUAAUAAUAGGUGGAUUGGAGAAAUCAUUGCAAUUACUGGUGAAAAACUCGGGUCUGUGAAAAAAGAAGUGAAGUACCCAUCUUGCUGGAUUAUAUUGGUUAUGAAUUUCCCUGGAGGAAUUCAGUGAGCAACCAUGCCUUGAGAGAGCUGGCACUCAAUCACAUAGUAAUUUGAGGAGGGACAAUUGUCCAAUGUGAAGUGUAUUUAGAUUCAAGUGUAUUUAGAUUGUUGUGAUAGGUAGCAGUUUGCAUUAGGCCAAAAUAGAUGAGUACUGGAACAAGAAAACACUGUGCCAUCCCCCUCAGAUGGCUCUCAGAGCACUGAGAGAGAAAAAGAAAAAGAAAAAAAGAUAGGCUUGGGAGAGGAAGGCACGGGAGGGAAUGGAGAGGAAAGCAAAGAAAGGAGAAGGAUAGAGACAGAAGAGUCUCUAUGGCAUUGGCCAUACUGGAGGGAACUGAAAGGGGGAUUACGAGGGGGAAAACAUAAAUAAAUUAAAAAUAAAUAAAUACAGAGGUAUAACAGCAAUGCUGGAACCCAGAAGAGAGAAUAUUAUGCCAGAAAUCUCAGUACUAAAACCUGAUAAGUGUAGAAAAUGUUAGAGAUUUGGGCACAGGCGAUAGGAUUGCCCCCCAAAAAACAGCAGCAAAGAUCCAGAAGUUCAGAACCGCAUCACUCAAAAGCUGUGGAUACAAUGGCAAUAAAUACGGAAUGAAGGGGACCAGGGUGAGACCGAAGCCAAACCCCUGGUUACAGUAAUGCUAGAGAGUGAAGAUGUAAAAUUUCUUGUAGAUAAAGGUGCAAUGUAUUCAGUUAUUGAUACAUGUAAGGGGCAGUUAAAUGAUCAGACAACAUCAAUAAUUGGAGCCACCAGGAAAGCUGGAGUGUGGCCAUUCUUCCAUCCAUUAAAAUAGGAAAACUGUGUACAUACCAAUUUCUGUAUAUGCCUAAUUGCUUAGUGCCAUUAACGGGGAGACUUUAAAUCUCCUUUAAACAAAAUCACAUUUGGUAAAGGACAAGUCAAAAUGCAUACUUCAGAAAAUAAAACUGUGGAGGCUCAAGUUCUUAUGUUGCAGAGAUCAUUCCCUACUGACCAGCCAUUACCAGAGGACUUGGAAAAUGCCAUAAUACUGGGGAUUGAAUCAUCAGAGACAUGUAGACCACCGAGAUGAGCCGAACCAGCAAUGGUAACUAUCCGUCUGAAGCCGGGAACAGCACUGGUAAGACAAAAUGUUCUUCAGAACUAUAGAGCGUGGAGCCUUUGCUAGAGUAUUUUAUCUUGUUAAAUGGCCACACAAAGUCUUAAAAGGAAAAGUGGAAAACCUAGUGUGGACACUGGAAUGUGGAAGUCCUUCAGAGUCCUCAAGUUAGAAAGCCCAUGUUUAAACUCUUUUAAACAGAGUACUGGACAUAAAAUGAAAGAUUAACUUCCUUGCUAAAAGCUGAGGCAAACAAAGCAAGAUGGUGGGCAACUCCAAGCAACCGAAUAAUAGUUCCCCUACCAGUAACGAGGAAAACAGUAGAGAAUAAUAAUCAGACUAUAUGCUGGGGAACAGAAGCCAUCACAAAUAACUUAAGGCUCAAAUUUUAAGUGCGUGAAUGGGAGAAAUUGGGAAAAGCAUGAUGUGCAAAGUGUGAAGUAUGCCUGAAAUAUAAUCCAUAGAAUGCAAAGAGACAGUCUCCUGAAAUUAGAAGGAGAGGACACAUGCUAAGAAAUGUUACAUCUAGAUUUGGGGUACCAACAGGAAUAUCUUCAGAUAGAGGUUCCCAUUUUGUAGCUGAUAUUGUUCAAAACUUAGGAAAAAUCAUUGGAAUAGCUUGAGAUUUACAUGCUCUUUAACGGCUGCAGUCUAGUGGAAAGAUGGAAAAAAUGAAUCAAACUUAAAACAGCAAAUGAGUAAAAUCUGCUAAGAAACUGACUUGAAAAGGCCUGAGGCUCAGCCUCUCAUCUUACUAUAUGUUCUGAUAAAACAACAUGCUAAAGAGAAAAUUAGUCCUUAUGAAACUAUGUAUGGAAGACCAUUUCAGGUAUUGGUGAAUAGUAUUAAUGCAAACCAAUUAGGUGAACUAAAACUAAGAGAAUACAUCAUCUCUUCGGGGAAAGCCUUAUCUCUAUCCACAGGUUUGUGGUUUCAGUGGCACCAACACCUCUGGAAGUCAUAGCAUGUUUGUUCCAACUCGGUUUAAUGGGUGUACGUACGGACUUAGAGCUCCGAACCGCUACAGGAGAAGUGGAAAGGACCAUAUCAAAUACUACUGAUGAAGUAUGCUUACAUAUGCUUAUCAGUUGAAUGCAUGGGAUCAAAGUAAGCACAUGAAACUUAUGAAAAAGGUGGCUGAUGCUAGCAAUUCUAGUUCUUGAUGGAUAUGCUCAGAGCUGUCAAAAUAUGAGACAAACCCAUACCUGUUAUGAGGAUGACCACUACCAAAACAGAGUUGGGACACAGUAUUUGUUAACAAAUCUGUAGCAUACUUUGCAGAUAAGCAUGAAGAAUCAGAAACAUGGAUUGCAGGAACGCAAGGACUAGUCAAGUAGGGAAGGCUCCAGUAGGGAAAUACCUGCACUGUAAAUGGACAAUGCAAAUGACAAGUAAGUAUUCUGGGAAAAAAUGGGGAUAAAUAUUGGGUGUCAGCUACAGGGAAAGGGUGGUACUGGCUAUGAGGAGAUUGAACUUGGAAAGUAUUACCCCCGUGGUGGACCAGAACUUCUACUCUAGGAAUAGUAAUACCAAGGAUGAUAGUAAUAAUCAGUUAAUUGGGAAAAUAGAGGCCCAGGUACCCUCCAGUGUCAAGAGAGAAGUCCUUAAUCCACUAAUAGAAAGACCUAGUAGUUUUCACUCAUUUGUCAGGUGCUUAAUUCCCUCUUCAGGAGCUGCAGAAUUGGAGAAGGCUAUAGUAAACAUCUCAGCAGUCAUGAAUAGAUGGUAGAAUACAGACAGAUAUAUAUGGUGUCAAAUUGAUAGACUGCAUAAAAUAAGCCAAGAUUAUGUAAGCUAGAAUUCAACUAACAUUUUACUCAAAAUGACUUCCUAGCUUCCUGAACUGGACUGGCUAAAGAAGUCAUUUGUAGAGAUAGUGUGUGUAGUUACUAUAUUUGUCCUUGCUUGUUGCAUGAUUCAAUGCUGAGGAUGUAUCCUUAAAUAUGAAAGGUCGAGAGUGGUGAGGAUUAGAAUACAAACAUUAUGAUCUUCAAAAAGAAAAGGAGGGAUUGAUAUAGACUGGUUUGCUUAGCAAUAGGAAUUAGUACAUUAAGUACCAAUGUAUUAGUUUAACAAAACUUUCCAUUUUAGCUUUAAGGAAAAUCAAGACUGUUCAGACACUAAUUUUGUGCUAGGGACAUAAUAGAAUACUUUUAUCUUCUGCCUCAAUGAUUUUGACUCAUAAGAAGUGCUGGAGUCACAACAGAAUGCUUUUAUCUUUUCCCUCAAAAUGUGCAAGGACGUUUUAAUGGGGUUCCAUACAUGUUGUUUUUAAAAUUGGCUCACUAUGGCCUAAUAAGCAAUGGAAAUCUUCCAAACUGGGGAGGAGUGCAUGGAAGUGAGUCAAAGGUUUCGAUGAUGAAGCUGGUGGUGAAAACGGGGCAAGAAGUAGGUGGGCACUCAACUACUCUAGAUACCACUGAGCAUGCCCAAAGGGGCAUUAGCAGAUACUUGAAAUAGAGUGAAUGUAUAUGCCAAUGUACUGCAUUGGCCCUUACAGGCCCCCCUACUUCUUCCUCGAGGGGAUCUCUGGGUCUUCAGGCCCUGUUCUAGUGCUGCAACAGUAACAGCUGAUAUUCUUCCCAAUUUCCUUGCUCUCGUCUCUGUUCCUCAAUUAACAAUUACACAUUCAUAUACCAUCAAAACAGUUUGUCCCACUCCCUUCAAAACCCAUGAAUCAAACUAAUACUGUUCCUAUAACCAAGAAAACGAAAACUGGUUCAGACUUUUACUCCUCCUGCUCAUAACUUUCCUGCCAAGCCCUACAUGGCAGUAAAAUCUAAGUGACUGUAAGUGUCCUCCCUACCAUGGCUACUGUGGCAGGGCCUUGUUAACUUUCAAGCAGUCACAGUUCCCAUUCAUGCUGAAACAAAUUACCAGUUUGGUGCUUUCAGUACUGAUACACAGUCUUUCCGCCAUGCACUCUGCAUUGCCUAACCCAACGCAAGAGUGCCUUUCCCCAAGGCCUUUCCCACUUUACCAAAGAACAGAACCAAAUAGAACCAGAGAAAGAUAGACUUAGGGAAUACCUUUAUCCAGAGCAUUUUGUCUGCUCCUACAGUGAUCCACUUGAGACUUGCAGUCCCUCCUGGACAAGCUGCUGGUGGGCCUCCUCUCAGUGGGUCAAGCAGAGACACUCCUGCCUGGCUUGCCAAUUUGAAGCCAAGAAAACCAACAAAGUAACUUGACAUACCAGUGAGUUAUGUCAAGCAGGUAUUCUCUUUAUUACAGCACUGGAUGCAUGGGGGAUCACUCCCACCAAAUAUGCACACUGAAGAGAGAAAUGACUAUAUGUUUAAAGGCAUAAAUUGCUUUUUCUGCCACUUUCCUGACAGUACAGUGACCCAUUUUAUUCCAGACUGUAAAUGUCCUACCCAGUAUGGUCACUGUGCCAGGGCCUUAUCUGGUUAACUUUGAGACAGAUUGAUGGUCUCUGUCCUGUGCCAAGAAUUGUGGUUUUGGUGCCUUCAGGGCUGAUACAUUGUUUUAUGGCUGUGCACUCUGUGGUGCCCACCAGGCUUAUGAGUGCAUCCCCAAAGCUUUAUUCAGAGAUAGGAAUCCAAACUUAAGGAAUACCUUUGUCCAGAGGGUCAUGUCUUUUUAACAUGUUGACCUACCCUUCUGAGCAUGUGUCAUAAAAUGUGGGGAGGGUUUCUGGGCCCUAUCUGGUGGUUGCUGGAUGAAGACUAGUAGUAGUCAUCCUCACUUUGAACUUGUUAUGUUCAGGGGGUUGUUGCAGCCCAGACUGGUUUCUGCUGGUAUUGUGCUGAGGCAUCUGUUCUACUUUCUUAUCUUUACAUGACAGCAAGUUCUCCCAGCCUCUGCAUUCUGCCCCUAAGCCUGCAUUUAUGCAGGUGUUCUAAUGUCUGCACAAGUUAUGAGAUAAAGUUAUUCAUUGUUCCUGAUUCACCUGACAUUGCACUUCUCUUUUGCAUAGAAAGAGUGUUCAGGAUGGAGAUGGCACUGAACUGAUGAGUGAGAAUUAUUCUUAGAGCUUUCCUGUUGUGUUUGUUCAUUCUGUUUCUUUUUUGCAGAAAUGGUUUUAAAACAAGCAUGUAGUGCCACAGUGACUUAUGUUUGAGUGAUGCAUUUAAAGGUGAAAGAUGUGUGCAGAAGUCACUUCUAGCUGUCUAUAUACAUAGAAUAUACAGGAUAGAAGAUGACAUAUCUUAGCAUGUCUUACUGGAUCUAGUUUAUCUGGGGGCACAUAAGUCAGAUUUGAUGGGUGAAAACAUAUCCAAGUGGUUUGAGUUAGUUUUCUUGAGUUUGUGUUUCCCUCUACUGGACUGUAGUUAGAACAGCCAACUUUUGGUUUUUUUUUUGUUUUUUUUCCUUUUUUCCCCUCAUAAUCAGUCUUCUGAAGUUAUUCCUUCCUUGUACUUCCAGGUGAAACAUUUGAACAGUCUUCUUCAGUGGCCACAUCAAUAGGGUUCAUCAACUUAUUCUGUAAAAAUAUCUUUAAAUAAAUACAAUAAAUAAAUGUGAGCUUGAAACAGUAAGGAAAAGACACAAAGACACUUAGAAAUAUUUUAAGCUGAGACUAAAAUAUUUCUUUGAAAUAUUAAACAUGAAUAAUUCUAGUAUAAUUAUCAACAGAAAUAAACUUGUUGUUAUUUAUUUUAUUAACUUCGUGUCAUGUAUUAGCUGAAGCUUUUCUUUUAGGUGAAAGUUACAAGUAAAACUACAGGUAGGAAAAAUAAGAACUGGACAUGGGAAGGUAUGAACUGGUAUGUCGGAAAGGGACAUGGUUUCACUCAUUGUGAAAGUAAUGCAGCACAGGAGCUGGUGUAUGAAGGGGCUGUGGAAUCUCUGUGCCCAGACACUGUUCAGAUUUAGCUGGUCUGGAGUAACUAGAUGUCAAGUUGGCCCUGCUUUAAAGCAGUAAGUUGGACUAGAAUGGCUUGCCUGUUUUACUGUGUGAUAUGCAGGAUAACCAAUCCGGAGACUGGGCAGACUGAAGAGAUGAAAUAACAAAACUUUCAAGUCUUCUGCUUUUAUUCAUCCAAGGGAAUCACAGAGUUGUAGGCGUUGGAAGGGGCCUCUGGAGAUAAUGAAGUCCAGCUUCCCCCUCUCUCCUCCAACUAAAGCAGGAUCCCAAUGUUUCAGGAUCAGCCACAUCUUCUCCUCACCCCAGGAAAUCCACUGAUAAAGCAAGUCACACGCCCCUCAGUCUGCCCUGUAAGUCCUGGAUGUGACCUUUUCCAGCAUGAAUAUUACUUGGUGGUGGUCCCUGCAGAUCUCCGUUACCCAUCCGUUCAAGUUGCCUGCCUUCAUAUCACCUGUUAUGAAGCAAAAAUUCAAGUAAAGCUGGUUCUGGAGCGCUCUGCAGGACAUUAUCUCUUAGUGCAAAAAGACAUCCAAAAGGAGAAGACUUUCAUGUGCACAAAGUUCUGGGUUGCACCUCCAGCUGAUGGCACAGAGGAGAUUGCCACUGUCAGACUGAUUAUUACAGGCCAAGGGGUCAGUAUUGAGGAGAAGAAAAAGGUCCUGAUCCACAAGGCGAGCAGUGGCACCUUCAUUCAAACAGACAAGCCCAUCUAUAAACCAGGGGAAACAGUGAAAUUUCGUAUUGUGACUCUGGACGAGGACUUCAAUGCAUUUAAUGAUUCCAUUUCCCUGUUUCUCCAGGACCCCAAGAACAAUCGCAUAGAGCAGUGGCUGGAUGUGGUUCCCCAAGAAGGCAUUGCAGAUCUGUCUUUCCAGCUAAGUGAUGAGCCUCUGCUGGGGACAUAUGUCAUCAAUGUAACCAACAGGAAGAUACAUGGCAGCUUCACCGUUGAGGAGUAUGUGCUGCCAAAAUUUGAAGUGAUCUUUGAGGCACCAGUGAAGAUUCAUGCACUGGAUAAAACCUUUCCACUUCGGGUAUGUGGCAGAUACAGCUCUGGGAAAGCUGUCCAGGGGAUGGUUUAUGUGAGCCUUUGUCAGAAGACUUCUCAGUUCUUGCCCGGUGCUUCAAAACCUGAUCUCUGUCAGGAAUUCAGCAACCAGACAGACAAGAUGGGUUGCUUCUUCACAAAUGUGUCCCUACCCUUCCGUCGAGACUUGAGGUACUAUCAGGACAGCAUAGUUGCAGAGGCCUCACUGUUGGAGGAUGGCACAGAGAUACAGGUCAAUGCUUCCCACAAGUUACUCAUCUCCAAGAUUGACGGGAUGGCCUUGUUUGAGGAUGUGAAUUCUUACUAUCACACAGGAGAGAUGUACAGAGGGAAGAUCAAAGUCAUUGACUACAAAGGCGAGACGCUGAAGUACAAAAAAGUCCUCCUAGUAGUAAGUUUUGGUGAGCAGCAGUUUCAGCAAAGGUACAACACUGGGGACACUGGAACAGCUUCAUUUAGCCUAAACACAACUACCUGGAACAACAACACAGCCUCCCUGGAGGCAAGUGUCCUGCAUCAAGAUUUGGAUAGAGAGCCUGGGACAGUUGAUUUGAAUUACCAGAGGGCUUCUCAUUUCAUACGUCCAUUCUACAGCACCAGCAAGAGUUUUCUCAGUAUUGUCCGUGUGCCAGAAAUAAUGCCCUGUGGUAAAAAGCAGGAUAUCCGGGUGGACUUCAGAAUUUACCAGGAAGACCUGGAACAUGGGCCCAAGCGUGUAAUUUUCUCCUACCUUGUCAUGGGGAAAAGUAGAAUAGUCCAUGCAGGUCAGAAGACUGUUUGGGUUGGGCCGCCAAGAAUGCUGGAAGGCUUCUUCUCCAUCCCUGUUACCUUCAGCUCAGUCUAUGCUCCAGCUCCAACACUUAUUGUUUAUGCUAUCUUCCCUAAUGGAAAAAUCAUCGCUGAUUCUGCUGUCUUCAGUGUCUCCAUGUGUUUCAGAAAUAAGGCAGAGCUGAGCUUCUCAGUGCCCAAGAUUCUUCCUGGUUCAGAGGUUAAUCUCCACCUGCAGGCAGCACCUGGGUCUACAUGUGCUGUCUGGGCUGUGGAUCAAACUGCCUCUUUGCUGAAGCCAGGAAAAGAACUCAGCCAUUCUAUGAUCUAUGGGCUCUUUCCAUCUAUUUAUAACUCUGGGUAUCCUCAUCAAGUGUCUGAAGAUGACAAUUCCUGUGGGUUCCAAAAUUCUGAUCAGCCUGAUGUGUUCACAGCAUUCAUGGAAAUGGGAUUGAAAAUUAUGUCCAACACCAAUAUCAGAAAACCAAGUCUGUGUCUAACUACUCAGUCAACAACUAUGAUGCAGGAAAGAGGGUUGUUCACUUCUGGACCCAUGUUGAUGUUUGCUCAGCCCCAUGAGGAAUCUAACACAGGACAUCUGAUGACAUCUACCUGUCAGCCUACUGUGUUUUCACCUGUUUCUUCAGCUGAAGAGAAAGUGCACAACUAUUUCACAAAAACCUGGUUAUGGGAUUUGUAUUCUAUCGGUCCCAGUGGAAACCAGAUUGUCACUGUCACUGUGCCUAACACCAUCACAAGAUGGAAAGCUGGGAUGUUCUGCACAGGACGUGAUGGCUUUGGACUUGCUCCAGACUCCAGUCUGCUUGUUUUCAAGCCCUUUUUUGUGGAGCUCACACUUCCAUCUUCUGUGGUCCAGGGUGAGACUUUCAUCUUGAAGGCCACAGUCUUCAACUACCUGCAGCAAUGUAUGAAGAUCCAAGUGACUAUGGAGGCAUUCCCAGACUUUCAGCUGAAGUCAUGUGAGGGUUGUGUCUACAGCAGCUGCUUAUGUGCUGGAGAAAUAAAGACGUUUCUGUGGAGUGUCACAGCUGAGCGACUGGGGCUCAUGAACUUCACACUCAGCACAGAGGCCAUUGCCACCAAAGAGCUCUGUGGCAAAGAGAUACCAGUUGUCCCAGAACAAGGACAGAAAGAUACAAUCACCAAACUCCUCUUAGUCCGGCCAGAAGGAGUGCUAGAAGAAAAGGCUCACAGUUCCAUCCUGUGUCCCAAACAAGGGAGUCCAGCAGAGGAGUCUGUGUCCUUAAUGUUGCCUCCAAAUGUGGUUGAAGGUUCAGUGAGAGCUACUGUCUCGGUCACUGGUGACCUCAUGGGGACAGCACUGCAAAACAUGGAUCACCUAGUACAGAUGCCCCAUGGCUGUGGGGAGCAGAACAUGGUACUGUUUGCCCCCAUUGUCUAUGUGCUGCAGUACCUGGAGAAGACAGGGCAGCUGACUCCUGAGAUUAAGGACAGGGCAACAGGAUUCUUGCGCAAUGGGUACCAGAUACAGCUGCAGUAUCAACAUCCUGAUGGUUCUUUCAGUGAAUUCGGUACCAAGGAUGAGUACGGUAAUACUUGGCUGACUGCAUUUGUGGUCAAAUGCUUUGCCCAAGCCAAGCCGUACAUUUUCCUGGACAAUAGGAGCAUCCAAGCUGCUUUCAAUUGGCUGGAGUUCCACCAGCUUCCAAAUGGCUGCUUCAGAGAUGUGGGCCAACUUUCCCACACAGCCAUUAAGGGAGGUAUGGAUGGGGAGGUUCUCUUGGCUGCCUACAUCACUGCUGCAUACAUGGAGAGAGGAGAUACACCAGAGAGUACGGUGGUGAGCAAGGCUCUGGGAUGUAUCAUUUCUUCUCUUCCCAAAGCUGGCAGCACUUACGCACAGGCCCUGCUAGCCUACACCUUCGCCCUGGCUAAGGACCUUCAACGCACACAAGAGCUUCUUGACAUACUUGAUCGAAAGGCAAUCAGAGCAGGUGGGCAGAUCCAUUGGAGUCAGACCCCAUCCGAGACAAACAGUACUAGCCCUUGGUCACAGCCACUAUCUGUGGAUGUGGAGUUAACAGCUUAUGUCCUCCUGGCCCUGCUCUCCAAGCCAAAUGUCACGGAGGCUGACUUCACCACAGCCUCUGGCAUAGUGGACUGGCUCACCAGACAGCAAAAUGCCUAUGGAGGAUUUGCCUCAACACAGGAUACAGUAGUUGCUCUGCAGGCCUUGGCUAAGUACGCAGCACUGACACACAACACAAAAGGGGCUGCAGAAGUGAGGGUGAGGUCCCAGAGAGCCUCUGGGAGGAAGUUCCAAGUUUCCUACCAGAAUCGGCUUUUGGUGCAGGAGAUGGCAAUGACAGAAAUCCCAGGAAAGUUCUCAGUGCAGGCCCAUGGCAGCUGUUGUGUCUUUACUCGGACGGUGCUGAGAUACAACAUUCCCUUCCCGCAGGUUUCAGAAUCCUUUGCCUUACAAGUGAAAACCAAACCAGACAAUUGCACUGAGGAUGAUGUACACUCUGUUGCUCUCCAUGUCAAUGUCAGGUACACUGGAAAGAGAGCCAUUUCUGACAUGGUGAUUGUGGAAGUGUCCCUGCUGUCUGGAUUUGUCCUGGCUCCAAGAUCUGGGAUGUCUCCACAUCAUUCGCAUCCUGUGAGAAGAACAGAGAAAACCCAAGCGGGUGUUGCCAUCUACUUGGACAAGCUGAGCCAUGUAUCUGAGACAUAUGUCCUGCAUCUGGAAAGGGAAAUUGAAGUGACCAACCUGAAGCCAGGACAUGUCAGGGUCUAUGACUACUACCAUCCAGAGGAGCAGGCCCUUGCUGAUUAUAAUGUUUUCUGCACCUGAGCCCACAGGAGUUCUACUAGUGGGACAUGCUCUAGGGUGGAAAUCACAGUUACUGCUAUGCUGGGGCAUGCAUCACCUGGAAAGUCACAUCUCAAUGCACUUUGAUAUUGGUGCUGGGGAAGAUCUUAAGAUGGAUUUCAGGACUAACCCCAGCCUAUGCCAUGCUGCUCAUCUUGACAACCAUUUUCGGGUGUAUUCUUUUGGGUGUCUGAUUCAUUCUGAUUGUUAUAAUCCGGGGAUUUUCUUGCUUGUAAAAAGAAGGAAAAUAAAAUAUAAAUCAUAGAUCUGGA